AUGCCCUCUCGCACUGAAUCGCCUCUCCAAGUCGCCAUUAUUGGCGCCGGUCUCGGUGGCCUUGCUGCUGCUGUCGCACUUCGGCGUCAAGGUCACACCGUUACAGUCUAUGAAAGAUACGAUUUCGCCGGCGAGGUUGGGGCGUCGCUCAGCGCAGCGUCGAACGGAUCCCAGUUCCUAGAAGAAUGGGGUGUGGACAUCAAAGAAGCCAAGCCGGUUAUCUUGAAACAGCUCAUCAUGCAUAAUUGGGCUGAUGGUGCAGUGCAAAGCACUUACCCGCUUGGCGACUAUAAAUUUAAAUUUGGCACGGACUACAACAACUUCCAUCGUAUUGACAUUCACAAACAACUACUCAAGUCAGCUUUUGAAGAGCCUGGAGUCGGUCCCAAGUGUGAAUUGAAGGUGAAUUUCAAAGCCAUCGAUGUGAACGCCGAGGAUGGUCUCAUCCGGUUCGAGAAUGGUGCUGAAACAUCGGCCGAUAUUAUUGUGGCCGCUGAUGGUAUCAGGUCCUCGACACGGAACCAAAUCGGCAUAAUACCGGACGUCGAGAUGUCUACUUCGUGCUGCUACCGAUGCAUCAUUGGAGCAGACAAGCUGCGUACGCUUGGACUCGAAGAUUACAUCUCCAAUGAAGCAAUUGAAUACUGGGGCGGAUUUGGGAUUAACAAGAUUGUCAUGUCUCCCUGCAGCAAUGGCGAUGUCGUGAGCUGUUACUGCUUCUAUCCAGCAUCCCACAACAACGUACGCGAUGAUGGAUGGAACAUCAGUGCUACGCCACAGCAGCUGGUGGAUACAUUUCCCGAUCUGGAUCCUAGAAUGAAAACUUUGAUGCUGAAUGCCGAAGAUAUCAAAAUGUGGCGAUUGUAUAAGCAUCAGCCCUACCCGUACUGGGUGAAAGGCCAUGUUUGCCUGCUUGGAGAUUCCGCGCAUCCUAUGAUGCCUGAUCAAUCACAAGGCUCCUGCAUGGCCUUCGAAGAUGCUGGGGCUCUGGGUCUCGUUUUCCAUAAAGAUUUUCGUACACAAUAUGGGACACUCGAAGGUCUUACUCUGUACGAGAAGAUUCGCAAAGAGCGUGCGACUCGUGUACAGGAUGCGAGCUUCCGAGCUCGGGAAAAUCUCAAUGAGCGAAUUGGAUGGAGCUCAUCUACGGAUCGGCAAGGGAAAUUGACAAUCGAGGAAGUAUGUGGGUACAACAUGAGAGAGCAUCUUGACGAGUUAAUCGGAGAGCUAAAGGCAGCGAGUGUGUGA